AUGUUGUAAUUGAGAUAAUCAAAGCACUUCUGUAUUACUAUAUGUGUCUAUACUCUAUAUCUUCCUGUACAUUUCAGCUUAUAUGUGCUAUUUAUUUGAUGUUCAUAUUUACAUGCGCAAUACUAGCCACCUGUUAAAAGGAUCUCUGGUGUAAAACUUGUGUUGCAAAAAUGACUGCAAGAAGACAAAGCAGCGGCUCUGGUUGGCCAAGAUAUCAGCAACAACAACAACAACAACAGGGCUACAAUGAUGUUAAUAACGCUCAAGGAGAUACAAAUUCUACAACUAAAAUCAGCCAGUACAUCAAUAGGGGCAUAAACCUGUACCCGCUUACAAAUUAUACAUUUGGCACAAAAGAGCCGUUGUAUGAACGUGACAGCACGGUACAAGCACGGUUUCAACGAAUGAGAGAGGAAUUCGACAAAGCGGGGCAGAGGCGAUCUGUCGAAGGUGUUCUGAUAGUACAUGAGCAUGGUCUGCCCCAUGUUCUGUUGCUGCAACUUGGAACCACAUUUUUCAAACUGCCAGGGGGAGAGCUGCAUAAUGGAGAGAACGAAGUGGAUGGAUUAAAGAGGCUGAUGACGGAAACCCUGGGAAGACAAGAUGGAGUUGCACAGGAUUGGGUCAUUGAGGAUUGCAUUGGAAACUGGUGGAGGCCAAACUUUGAGCCACCGCUGUAUCCUUACAUCCCUGCCCACAUUACAAAGCCAAAAGAGCACAAAAAACUGUUUUUAGUACAACUCGGUGAAAAAGCCUUGUUUGCUGUACCACGUAAUUACAAGCUGGUGGCUGCCCCAUUAUUUGAACUUUACGAUAAUUCCAAUGGUUAUGGCCCAGUGAUUUCUAGUUUGCCCCAGUUACUAAGCCGUUUCAAUUUUGUUUAUAAUUAAGUUGAUGUGAUAAGUAAUGUCAUAAGCAUAUGACUGAUCAUUUCAAUGUGAAAAAAAAGUAUAUAUCAAUGUCAACUGCGACAAUUAUGAUCCUGCAGUGAACAGUUUGCUCCAUACGGUCAUGCUGUACACAUUUGGUUCUAUUUUUUAAACUGUCAAUCAUUGUUUUGUUCAAUUAUAACCACAUUGUAAGAUAUGUGAUAUGGUUGCAUUAAUAAAUAUUAGCAAAUGUAAAUAUCAGUACUGCUUCGCUAUUUCUUUUACUUCGUCACCCAUUUGUUUAAAUAUAAAAAUGAGAACCAACACAUGUGUUUAUGUAGCAAUUGUGUUUUAAUAAUUUCCUUCAUUAAGUGUUUUCCACUGAGCUUUCCAAGCUAUAAAUGUACACAUAAUAGAUAGAUAAUUUCCUAUUAAUGAAAAAAAAUGAAAAUGAAUGUUCAGAAAUAAAUGCUGUUACAAAAACACAA